AUGUCGGACGACGAAGCAGACCCCGAACUUCUCGCUCUUUUGCGCAAGUCUUUAGGAUUGGGAGGAGGAGCAGCGAAUCCUCGUGCAGCUGAGACCAAGGUCCUGGAGAAUGCUCAAUACGUUUUCGACAAUGCGAUCGAUGUCGCUUUGAACCCCGCCAAAACCAAGGAAGCCGCAGAGACAAUAUGGCAACAGAUGCAGAAGAAGGAAUACUCUGCACAGACAUGGGCGGAGCAUGAGUUACAUCCCAAGACCAAGGACGAGGCCACUGUCGAUUUCAUCUUCACCAUGGACCUGUUGAAUUUCAGCUUUUGGUCGGAUCAGGAGGAUGAAUCUAAACGGUUUGCAAUUGAGUAUCGGGGCAAGAAGUGGACAGGGUACUGGAGCUUGGUCGCUGCUUUGCAAAGGGCCUUGGAGGAAGGAAUCCCAAUCACGGACCCCGAAUUCUGGGUGAACGAGGAGGCGUGCACGGAUGAACGACUCAAACAUGUGUUUCGAUCCGCAACCGAUGAGGAAAUGCCCUUGCUUGAAGACCGAAUGGAGUGCUUGCGUGAGGCUGGAAGGGUUCUUUGCAAGGAUUUCGAGGGUAGCUUCGCGAACUGCAUCUACAACUCCAACUACUCUGCUGCGGCCCUUGUCAACCUAUUAGCAGAGAACUUUCCCUGCUUCCGUGAUGAGACAAGCUUCCAGGGACGAAGAGUUCGGUUGUAUAAACGAGCACAGAUUCUCAUCGCAGAUCUGUGGGCUUGUUUCAACGGCGAAAGCUAUGGGGAAUUUCAUGAUAUUGACAAAAUCACAAUGUUUGCAGAUUACCGAAUUCCCCAAAUUCUUCACUUCCUCGGCUGUCUCAUGUACUCACCCCCGCUGGACAACCACAUCCGAAGCCUGAAGACUAUACCCAGCGGAUCAAACUGGGAGAUUGAACUCCGUGCCACCAGCAUCUGGUGUGUGGAGCUAAUCAGACGCGAAAUCGAACGAAGGCACCCAGAAGUGAAGAAUGAAAGACAGCAGCAGGCGCAACAAAAACAACAACAACAAAACGAAGCCUUCGGCAAUUCGAACGGCGUCACCGAAAUUGAAGAAAAGAAGUGCACAACCCAAAAGCACUCGAAAAGACAAAGCUUACAAGAGCCCAACGUGGCCGGUGUCAAUGCAAUCCUCAUUGACUUUUUCUUGUACGACACAAUGAAAGACAUCGAGAGAGAAGGCCGCGAAACAAUUCCCCAUCAUCGGACAAGGAGUAUUUGGUAUUGA